GGGGAAGGUUUCUGAUUCAGAGGAGGACAAGGUUGAUGAUUCAGAGGAAGGAGAGGAAGAAGAUGAAAGAAUCCGGGAAGACGUUCAAAAUUUUCAAAAACUAAAAAUAUUGGAACAGAUGCAGCACCUACGGCUAUGUGUGGAAAGGGUGGAAAAGAAGAUUACUACCGUUGAAGAAAGUAUUUCAGAAAUUAAGCUACUACUUAAGAAGCCGAUUGGCAAUCAGAACCCAUCUGUUGAGCAAGAGGUUGAUAAUAAUGAUGUGGUAGUUCAGGAUGAUGCUGCGUUUGAGGUCGAGGCUGAGAAUAUAGUGCAACAUACUGCCAGCGAAGAUGCUGGUGGUAUACAUGAUGCUGCCUGUGAGGGUGAGGGAAAGGGUGCCGCUGCAGAUGUUCCUAUGAAGACCACGAGUGUAAGUGAAGAAACUGCAAUUGCAGAUGGUGAUGGGGUGGCACAUAGGCAGAUUUCUCCGACAGCAGAUGUAACCGCUAAUGAAGAUUGUGUUGAAGCGGAAGGUGGGGACGUUAGCAACCCCUUAAACAAUGAAGGUUGCAAAUAGGCAUAUUUCAUCAUCUCAACUGUGGUGACUGAGGUGAAUUGGGAAAUUGAGCAGAAUAAGGAAGACAUCAACUUCCCAGAUAUUAUGAUGUGUUUAAAUGAGGUAAAGAUGUGUUUUUGAGUUUGUAUUAUCCGUGUAUUAAUCUCAAUGUUGGUGUGCAUAUUAGUGUUCAUUCCAAUGACAUGAGAAAUAAAUGCAUUUGAAGUUAUAGUUUGUAAACUAAGAUUGUCUGUGAUGCAUUUUAAGUUAUGGUUUGGAUAUCCCUGUGUAAUAAGAGUCUGAGCAGGUGGAGGAGGAGGUGUUAGCUCCGUUAACAACGCCCAGUCCAUUUGAAAAUUUGGAUUGGGAUGGAGGCGAUGUUGGGAGUGCACCACUUGAUGUUGAGGCUUCUGGAGUUGUUAGCACGAAACAUCGACGAUAACAUCGAUGACGAUAUUGCAUCUCUCAAGGCUUGGAUUGAAGAACCUGAUAAUGUUGAACCCAAGACUGUUGUUCUGAAUCUCCCAUCAUUUGAUGAAGUGGAGAGGGAGUUUUUCCGUGAACUUGUUCAACCAGAUGAGACUAUAUGGUCCUAUCAUAUGGAUGCUCUAUCGUGCCUGCUUCUAACAGAUUGUAAGCCGGACAAGCCGUAUAAGCAUAUAAACCCUUACUUUACGCAUCAACUGUUGAGUACGGAUGUUAAGGAUGAGAGCGUCUGGACUGCUGAUAAAUAUCUACCAGCUGUGGAAUGGAGAGAUUUGGAAAAGGU